AUGCCAUGUUCCCUCUCUGGCGUCAAGCCACUUCCCCGACCCUUGCCAACCCCCUCUGAGUUCUACCUUCCAGAAACUCAACCGCCGGAACUGCCCAGGCAACCCUCGAGUGACUCGCCAACCGGCUCAACGCAACCCUGGAGUGACUCGCCAGCCGUCCCAAAGCCGCCCCCUUCCUCACCCAAGAAACAGACAGUCGCCCUCGACCGUAGACACCCACGAACGAAUUGGUCCCUAAACGCCGCCUAG